AUGGUUCGUAUCGUGAGUUCGCUGAGUUUCUUACCGUUAGAGGGGAAGCUGUACUACGUCGGGCCGAAGAGGGAGGUGGUGAUCGAGGCGGAGAGGAAGAGGCAGAUUUUCCUCGACUGCCACUUCAACGACAUCGGUCAUCACCUCGGCCAGAAGAAGACCGUGCACCGAAUCCAGAGCAAGUACUACUGGCUGGGCAUCAUCAAGGACGUGGUGGACUGGAUCAAAGUGUGUGACACCUGUCAGCACACAGAAAGGAGUAAAAACCUGGCCAGGACGGUCCGGCCCAUUAAAGUGGACGCACCUUGGGAGAUCGUUGGGAUCGACAUUAUAGGGCCUUUCCCAGAGACGCAGCAGGGGAACUCUAACGUCAUAGUGCUCAUCGAUUACUUCAGUAAAUGGCCCGAAGCUUUUCCGGUUCAGAGGACGGACGCUCUCUCUGUCGCAAAAUGUAUUUCCAAAUGCAUAUACAGGUUUGGUGCCCCUAAAACAAUAGUGUGCACGCAGAACGCUGACUUCUGUGAUGAGGUGAGCGAGCGCCUGAGUGACAGGUGGAGCAUCGUGCAGGCGGUGUCUCCUCUGGAUCCGCCUCAGCUCAACCCUCUGCACGACGGCAGCUUCUCGCAGCUGAAAGAGGCCGUGGAGCAGAUGGUGGCGGAGAAGCAGAGCCAAUGGGACGACUUCCUGGACCCGGUGCUGUUUCUGUUCAGAACGUCCAGCAACCCCACCACCAAGUUCAGCCCCUACUCCCUCAUGUUCAGCAGGAAGCCUGACCUGCCCAACCAGACGACGUUGAGCCUGCUGAGUUACCACGACCAGGAGCAGGAUGAGUUCUCCACGACGGAGAAGGCCUCCUCGUUUCUGAGCGCAAUGCAGGAGCAGCAGAACUCUGUGAAGCAGCUGAGGCAUAGUGUAUCUGAACAAUGCCAAAUACAAUUCCUUGUUUACAUUGCAGCUACUGCUAAACUGGAACUGGAAAGGGGCUGGGCUACAGAAGACGUCCAGCUACUGGUGGUGGUUAAAGAAGAGGUUCUCCCUGACCAGCAGGAUUGGAGCACCAGUCUGGACCAGGAGGACCCAGAGCCCCCCCCACACAUUAAGCAGGAACAGGAGGAACUCAGGAUCAGUCAGGAGAGAGAGCAGCUUCAGGAGCUGGAGGAGGCUGAUAUCACCAAGUCCACUUUCACUCCUGACCCUGUGAAGAGUGAAGAUGAUGAAGAGAAACCUCAGUCCUCACAGCCUCAUCAAAGACAAACUGAACACAUGGAAACAGAAGCUGAUGGAGAUGACUGUCGAGGACCAGAACCAGCCAGGAACUCAGAUCCAGAGAGCAGUUUACAACCAAAGACUGAGUCUGACACUGGAGACUCUUCUGAACCUGACACUGAAGACAGUGCUGAUUGGAAGGAGACCAGAGAAUCUGCUUCAGCCUCAAAAUCACUGAAAAAUAGACAAGAAUCUCUCAGUGACAUGAGAAUCCACACAGGAGAGAAACCAUACAGAUGCUCAGUCUGUAAGAAAUCUUUUUCACAGAGUGGAGGUUUAAAGGAACACAUGAGAAUCCACACAGGAGAGAAACCCUUUAGCUGCUCAUUUUGUACCAAAUCUUUUGCAUUUAGUAACAGUUUAAAAAAACACAUGAGAAUCCACACAGGAGAGAAACCAUACAGAUGCUCAGUCUGUAAGAAAGCUUUUUCACAGAGUGGAGGUUUAAAGGAACACAUGAGAAUCCACACAGGAGAGAAACCCUUUAGCUGCUCGGUUUGUACCAAAUCUUUUGCAGUUAGUGACAGUUUUAAAAAACACAUGAGAAUCCACACAGGAGAGAAACCAUACAGAUGCUCAGUCUGUAAGAAAGCUUUUUCACAGAGUGGACAUUUAAAGGAACACAUGAGAAUCCACACAGGAGAGAAACCCUUUAGCUGCUUGGUUUGUACCAAAUCUUUUUCACAGAGUGGACAUAUAAAGGAACACAUGAGAAUCCACACAGGAGAGAAACCCUUUAGCUGCUUGGUUUGUACCAAAUCUUUUUCAGUGAGUCGAAAUUUAAAAAAACACAUGAGAAUCCACACAGGAGAGAAACCAUACAGAUGCUCAGUCUGUAAGAAAGCUUUUUCACAGAGUGAAAGUUUAAAGCUACACAUGAGAGUCCACACAGGAGAGAAACCACACAGCUGCUCAGUCUGUAAGAAAGGUUUUUCACAGAGUAGAGGUUUGAAGACACACAUGAGAGUCCACACAGGAGAGUAAAUAUACAGCUGCAAUGUUUGUGACAAAAGAUUUAAAUGGCAUGGUUAUUUCAAAAGACACAAGUGUGUUGGUCAUCAGUCCUCACAGCUUAAUGAAAUUCAAACUGAGGAUAACAGAGAGGCAGAGCCUAAUGUUUCUCCUACUGACCUGGUCAACACCUACAACAAUGCUCUCUCCUCCUGUCUCAACCAACUCGCUCCAAUAAAACCAACCGCAUUUGACACGAUCAGCCAUUCCAUCCUCAUCAACCGCCUCCAGUCUUCCAUUGGCAUUACCGCCCCCGUCAAUCAUGGCGUCCCUCAGGGUUCUGUACUUGGUCCCCUUCUGUUCAUCAUCUACAUCCUCCAAUUGGACAAAUCCUCCUCCGUCAACACCAACUCCAGUUCCACUAGGGGAAGCUGUACAUACGUCGGGCCGAAGAAGGAGGAGAAGAGGGAGGUGGUGAUCGAGGCGGAGAGGAAGAGGCAGAUUUUCCUCGACUGCCACUUAUCAACGACAUCGGUUCAUCACCUCGGCCAGAAGAAGACCGUGCACCGAAUCCAGAGCAAGUACUACUGGCUGGGCAUCAUCAAGGACGUGGUGGACUGGGUGAAUGCAGAGUUCUUGCGCAUCACCACCAAGCCACUGCAAUCGAAGUUCAUGUAUCAGCUGGACCACUUUUCCGACAAGCUGCUACAAAUCUUCACCAGCAAAGCAGGACGCCUCCGCGCUGACGAUGCAGAGAGGGACAUUUCCAACACAGUCAUGGGGAUUUACACGAUCCGAAGAAACGGGGAUGGGGGGCCAGAGGACGUGGGAAUUGUUAUCGAAGGCAUUAAAGUCAUGGAAAACGUAGGCAGCGUCAUUGUGGGACUCAUCAUGCUCUUGGGGCUCAUGUAUGCCCUUGAUCUCAGCUUCCCGGACAACUUGAAGUACACCUUCGAGUUUCUACAGAAAGGUC